CUCAUCCAACCUUUUCAGGGGCACCCGAGGACAAUACCUUGAGCGAGGUUGCACGGAAGGUUGUGCAUCUAUGGCGUCAGCCCUUCAACUCUAUUGUGGUUAUUGAACUUUCAACGAAGAAAGAACCUGGAAGGUCAUCGGCAAAUUGAUUUUUAUGCAAAAUGAUAUUGCUGUCCCCACAACAGACGGGCCAAUGAUCUCGGCAAUGCGUCAAGGCAGGCUUGCAUUGACAGUUGCGCUGUGUAGUGUGCAUAUUUCGUCGGUUUCACCACGAAAAGACGCGCGGAGUAGUUUUGGUGCACCACGAAGUGACGUACCGUUUAUAGACUUAAACACACGACACAUGCACGUCGUGGUGCAACCGACGAUUGUGUGAGGCAAAUCGAGAAGAAAAGGUGCCGCCAAGGCUGGAGGAAGUCUGAAACGCACGAACGACAAGAUUUGGACGUCUACUUUGUGAUUUAGUCGUACAUUAAAACUAAUUAGACUCAAGGACGCAAACCAACUGUGGACAACCUUUGGCCACAGUUUUCAAGACAUGUUUCCUCAAUCUUUUUGCGGUCAGUAUUUCCACGCGAGAUAAUGAGCGCCUGAAUUAUCAAAUCAAUGAUCGUCGAAAAAUUUGAGUCCGUGGUAAGGCUAAUCUGAAGAGUGGUACUGGAAAACUUGAUAGCUAACAACCUUGACGCUUCGACCAGCGCAUUGUGAGGGAAGAGGUUUUCUCAAACCUACAUUUGAUAUUUAGAAACACCUCUUUGUAAAAGAGGUAUGCUCUGCGCACUCUUUCAACUUGGAAAGCGGAAAAUAAUUCAAUGACUGAAGAUCUCUACAACCAAAAUGGUAACUGACCUGUUUACCGAGGUUCACUUUGAUUUGGCGCAGGGCCAAAAUUCUUAAACGAGUUGCUUCCAGUUAACAAGAAAGUGGACAAUAUGUCAAAGUACCCGGUACAAAUCCAGAUGGUCUUAUGUUUUCGAAAUACAAAAUUAAUUUUCUCUAUUGUAUGCAAAAAUGGUACAAAUUGAAGGGGCAACGGAAAAUUCAGAUUAAAGAUUAAGGACGUGUGUGCAAUGAUGAACCCGUAUCGAAAAAUGAGUUAGUUCGGUAUUUCAAAUAGCCACCGGUGGUCCAAGAAGAACGCACGUAUUCUAUAUGACCUCGGACGCGCUUUGCUUUGAGCACGAGAACUGGCUCGUUACAAUAAACUGUCCAAUUACAAGAAGGCAACACUACUGCAACUAGGCAGUUUGAUAAGCACUGGACGAAGAACUCUAUGGUUAUGAAAAUGUCAAGGUUAUCGUUACCUGAACUUACUUAAUCAGCGCCACUCCCAGUGAACUAUGACCCAAACCACUGGUACGUAAAGAAUGAAAACACUGGAGUAUAAAAGUUGGGCGACCGGUUAAAAGCGAGACAUUAUAUCAUCAAGUUGAGUGCUACAAACGGUCAGCAAUGAUGGACAGUCAUGUCUGCCUCGUUACAGGUGCCUCAGACGGCAUCGGGAAACACACAGCAAUGCGCCUGGCUCAGACCGGGGCUACAGUGCUGAUGCACGGUCGCAAUCCAAAAAAACUCUCCAACGCUCUGAGCGAGAUAGCUCGCAAGACCGGCAACAGCUCACUGGAGGGCUACACGGCUGACCUCAGCUCCUUAAGCCAGGUCCGGGCCCUGUCAGAGGAAAUCCACAGCAAGCAUCGCCGUCUGGAUGUCCUCGUUAACAACGCCGGCGUGUUCAUGAUAGACAGGAUUGAUUCCGAGGACGGCUACGAGAUGACAUUUGCCGUCAACGUUCUGGCACCCUUUCUGCUGACGUCCCUUUUGAUGGAUCUGCUUCAGACUAGUGAGUCAAGCCGGAUCAUUCACGUGAGUUCCGCACUGCAUCGUGAGUAUCAACCCGUCAAAGGUUUUGAGCCUACCACUAACUGGACUCACAGUGAUGGGCGACGGGCUUACGUGCUCUCCAAAGUCCAUGAGGUUAUGUUCACCUACAAAAUGGCCGACCUUCUUCAAGAUCAAGGAAACAUCUCAGUUAACUGUCUCCACCCCGGCCGAGUGAACACCAAGCUGCUGGGCCAAGCCUGGAAGGGCAAAAUGUCCGGUAUUCCGGUCGAGGAAGCAGACUUCGUGUUCCGCGCCGCCACAGAUCCCCGCCUAGACGGAGUGACAGGGAGAUACUUCGAGGACGACAUCGAUACACGAUCAAGCGAUAUUACGUACAACAAGGACGAACAGAAUAGGUUGUGGGACAUUCUAGUUAAUUUGACGGGCGCAGUUUUUUAGAAGUCACUUGAAGAAAUUACAAGACUGAUACUCGCUGACUUCACACGUUGUCACAAUACUGCCGGUGACUGUUGAUGUAAAAAAGUGAACUUCCAGCGUCAACAUGACUGUCUGUUUUACUUUUUACCUUUAAAAAGUUUACAUUCGUGUCUGAGUCUAAUCUUGGGUAUUAUUGAUAGUGUUGUACAGAUUUUAAUUGUGCCGAAGAGUAUUAAAAGUGAAUACGUCAUGUGCACAAUUAUUUAUAUAGGCCUAAACGGCAUUAUGGCAAGAAUCAGCGCCCGAACCAACACGCGCGCGUACUCCAUUCGUUUUGCACUGCACUUUCUGGUUUACAGUGACGUCACACUUUGGUACCCUACACGAAGUCCUUAUUUUCCCAUGCAGCUUUUAUACGCACGUGAAGUCAAGGUUGGUAAUGUAGGCCCGCUAUUCCUCAGCAUAGUAUUAUAAUGACGCUUUUAUAUAACUUUGCUAUUUACAUACUAAAAUAUGUUGUAAUUACAAUGAAGAUGUGGGACUUUUAGGGUUAGAUUGAAUUGAAAUCCAGUUUAUCGGUUAUUAAAAGUUUA